CUUUAGGGGUGUGGUUUUUAGAAUUAGCUUCGCUGAAAUAAACUAGCAAAGUAAUAAGAUAUCUAGCCUGUCGACCGCUCUACAAAUUAAUUGUAGGCUUACGCAAUGUUGUUCUGAGAAAUAGACUUGUUUACAAGUCGACUCUUUAGUUGCACAGAGUGGCGGGGAUGCGGAAUCAAAAUGGGAAACAUUUUCGGCAGAAAGAGACGCACGCGAGUCACAGAGCAGGACAGAGCCGUUUUGCAACUGAAACAGCAGAGAGAUAAGUUGAAGCAGUACCAAAAGAGAAUCACUCUGCAGCUGGAAAAAGAGAGGAAUCUGGCCAAGCAGCUGCUGAAAGAUGGCAAGAAAGAGAAGGCCCUCCUCUUGCUCAAAAAGAAGAGAUACCAAGACCAGCUCCUAGACAAGACGGAAAACCAGAUUAGCAACCUGGAGCGCAUGUGUCAAGACAUUGAGUUUGCCCAGAUUGAGAUGAAAGUCAUCGAAGGCCUUAAAGUUGGAAACGAUUGCCUGAAGUCAUUGCAUGAGGCGAUGUCCAUCGAGGAUGUGGAGAGAAUUAUGGAUGAGACCCAAGAAGCCAUUGAAUACCAGAGGGAAAUAGAUGAGAUGCUGGCAGGUUCCCUGACACAGGAGGAUGAAGAUGCUAUACUGGCUGAACUGGAGGCCAUCACUCAGGGAGACCUUGACCUACCAGAGGUACCUGAUGAGUCCCUGCCUGAAGUCCCAGAGACAGCUGAGGAAGAACCAGAGCCAGGUCAAGAGAGACCGAGGAAGAAGCAAGAACGGGAGAUGUUGGCUGUCUAGAAACAUGUUUGUUUGCCAGGGGACUUGGUACGCCGGCCACUAUAUCCCCCUCGUAGGGGUCUCAUGCCCCAACCACCCCAAACACACAGCCA